CUCUCUUCAGGGCCUCAUCUUUCCACCCUUUUCAUCAACUAUGAUGUUCCCAGGGCGACGUUCUGGUGCAUAACUAGCGCGGACGUAAGAGUCAUCGUUGAGUCCAGGAAGUAGAGGCUAUCACAGAGCCUGAGGUGCGGUAUAAUGCCAUGGACUAUUACACGCGGACAGUGCUCGACAAGUCGCUGAGAAAAGGUUUAAACAGGGACAUGGCUAUGCGGUCGUAUAUGGAGAAAAUACUGCAUUUAGGAGACCGUUAGACCCUGAUGACUCAGGGGAGUCUCGAUGAUUGGAUUUUUUCGACUAAGAAGGGAUCAUGGCAACAUCGAUUGAUACUCUAGCCUCCACCGGCUUCACUUGCACAACUGGGCAAUUACAGAGCAGCGCUGCGUCGUCCGAGGCAUCUAUCACAACACCAUGUUUGCAAAGUGGCGGUCGCCCCAGCCGAAUCCACCAUGAUACAUAGAAAAAGCAAUCAAUGCGAGUCCCGUCUAUGAAGCCCAACGUUGCACGGGCCUGUAUCCUGGCGGGUUACUCUGAAGCCUGGGACAUGAUCAACGCAGACUCAGAUGACAUCCUGAUGGGCGAUGCACGAGAGAGCCACAGCCCGAAACACCUCCGAGAUGUUGAAUCCAAGGUAGAAGAACAGGCGUCGUAUGGUGAAUAUGCACAAGAAAAGGUUGGAUCAUGCAGUCGCAUGUUUGGGCAUAUUGCAACCUACGUAUAACACAAUGUGAUUAAUUCACACGCUGACUACGAAGGAGCCUCGUGUAACGGGAAACAAACUAACAUGUCCCAUUUCGAGUUGAGUGUCGC